AGACAGAGAGAAGGAGUCGGGGAGCCCACGGGAAGGGCAGUCGCAGCUGUCGGAGGAGGAGGCAGCGAGCAUGGCCAGCAACCCCAGUGCACUGCCCCGGGUGACUUUCCAGACACCAGAGAAACCUGGGGAGGAAUCCUCACACAGGAAGCUGGGCAAGCUCACCAUCAAGUACAACCGCAAGGACCUGCAGCGCUGGCUGGACCUGGAGGAAUGGAUCAACUCCCAGCUGCAGGAGCUCUACCAGUGCCGGCUAAGAGAGGAAACAGAGGAAGCAGCUCCUGAACCACAAAUUGAUCUUGAAGAUCUCCUGGAGGUCCCUAAUGAAGAACAGAAGUUAAAACUACAGGAAAUCCUCCACGAGUGCUCCAGCCCAACAGAGGACUUCAUUACAGAACUGCUGAGUCGAUUGAAAGGUCUCCGGAGAGUCACCAAUCCGCAGAAAAAAUGACCUUGCCCACGUG